CACACACACUGCCCACCUCUCUGCAGGGUGUGGGGCUUCUCCUGAGCUCGGGGCUCCAGCACAGGGAGUGCUCUGGGAACGGAGCUGCCGGGACUGCCUGCUGCCCUCCUGCUGUCCUGGCACUGUCCUGUCCAGCUGUCCAGACCCAGCGUCCCCACGGGCUGUGUGAUGUCCAGCUGUGUCACUGACACUCCGUUGCAUUGCUCACAUGCCCACUGGCUCCCCUUAUAAACUGAUUGGAAUGGUAUAAAAAUGAAGGAAUUUCCCCCGUUAUCUCUGUGAGCUGCUCGGGUCUCUGAGGAGGAGACAAGGUCUGGACUUUCCAUGCGGUACCCAUGAAGAUGAGGCUGAGGACACGGAAGGCUUCCCAGCAGUCCAACCAGCUCCACACGCAGCGGGCGCUGCGGGCCAAGCGGAAACACUCGGAGGUGGAGGAGCCCUUACCUGGCGGCGGGGGAAAACCACCCAAAAAUGAGACAGGCCUCUUGUCUUCGAUCAAAAAGUUCAUUAAAGGAAGCACACCCAAGGAAGAAAGAGAAAAUCCCCCCAAGAGGAGUCGGAUUGAGCGGGACAUCGACAACAACUUGAUCACCUCCACGCCCCAGACAGGAGAGAAGCCCAACAAGCAGCUCUCGCGCGUGCGGCGGAAAAGUCAGAUGAACGGAGAAGCUGGAAGUUAUGAGAUGACGAACCAACAUGUAAAGCAAAAUGGAAAAUUGGAAGAUAACCCCGCCACAGGCAGCCCCCCACGAACAACAUUACUGGGAACCAUAUUUUCUCCUGUUUUCAAUUUUUUUUCACCAGCAAAUAAAAAUGGAACGUCGGGCUCCGACUCCCCGGGCCAGGCCGUGGAGGCCGAGGAGAUUGUGAAGCAGCUGGACAUGGAGCAGGUGGACGAGAUCACCACGAGCACGGCCACCUCCGCCAACGGCGCCGCCUUCCCGGGGCAGGCCGUGCAGGGCAGGGCCGUCAACAACGGCCUGGGCGACCCCGAGGAGCCGGGGGACCGCGACCUGCCCCCGCUCACGGCACCAGUAUCUCCAGACAGUGGCUACUCAUCAGCUCAUGCAGAAGCCACCUAUGAAGAGGACUGGGAAGUCUUUGAUCCAUACUAUUUCAUCAAACACGUCCCCCCACUAACAGAAGAGCAGCUGAACAGGAAGCCAGCUCUCCCACUGAAAACCAGAAGCACACCAGAGUUCUCAUUAGUUCUAGACUUGGAUGAAACAUUAGUGCACUGUAGUCUAAAUGAAUUAGAAGAUGCUGCACUCACUUUUCCAGUUCUUUUUCAAGAUGUCAUUUACCAGGUGUACGUCCGGCUAAGGCCGUUCUUCCGAGAGUUCCUGGAGCGCAUGUCUCAGAUCUACGAGAUCAUUCUGUUUACUGCUUCUAAGAAGGUGUAUGCAGACAAGUUGUUGAACAUCCUGGACCCCAAAAAGCAGCUGGUCAGGCAUCGACUCUUCCGUGAGCAUUGUGUGUGUGUACAGGGGAAUUACAUCAAGGAUUUAAACAUCCUGGGCAGAGACCUCUCCAAAACCAUCAUCAUUGACAAUUCACCGCAAGCCUUUGCUUACCAGCUUUCCAAUGGAAUUCCUAUAGAAAGCUGGUUCAUGGAUAAAAAUGAUAAUGAACUCCUAAAGUUGAUUCCAUUUCUGGAGAAACUAGUAGAGCUGAACGAAGACGUCCGACCUCACAUCAGAGACAGAUUUCGCUUGCAUGACUUGCUACCCCCCGAUUAAAGUGUGCUCUCGCUGCGAGGGGAGGAAAUGCAGGACCCUGUUGGACUAAUACAAAACAUUGCCAUUACUGUUGAAAUUUUGCAUUUUUGUACCCCGUCUUGCUUUUCUUAUCUUUGGUGCCCAACAAUGAUCAAGGGUUACAGAAAGAGACUUUCUACACCUGAGGUUGCCGCCAUCAGUACAAUCCAGUACCCGCAGUAGGGAGGCUAGAACAGAAAAGUCUUUAGAACUAGUGCAACUCCAAGGAAAUUUUUUUAUGUACAGGACAUCUGCAGUUUAUAAAGAAAAUUCUGUUUCUGCCACCAGCAGUUUGACCUGUAGAAACACAGGAUUUUAUGAUACAACAGAGAUUGAAAACGGACUCGGAUUUUCUCUCUGUUCGGUGCUCUAAGUGGGUUUGUAGCCACUUUUCUGUUACUUUUAAGAUUCUCAUUUCAACAGGAAUGGCCAGUAAAAGUUGUUUUAUUUUUCCUGUUAAGGUUUAUAACCUUUUUACAUUUUUGACCUGUAUUAGAUUAGAAUUUCAUUAUGCAUUCCUUUUAGUUGAGGCGCUUCAUAGUUUUUCUGGAAAUAGCCAAAUUUUGUUAGUUUUUUAUUAAACAGUUGGCUGGCCGUUUCCCUGCUUUGUCUGCCUGCAUCCUGUAUAUUUGUUUAAAAAUAUUCUCUAGUUUUAGCCCACGUAAGUUUCAUUUAGAAAGAAAAACAAAAAAAAAAAAAAGAAACCCUGCAUUUAUAUUUUCUUUCUGUAAUAUUCUACUGUAGUCGAAACCUUUUCAAAAAUCAAGAGACUGGCUAGAUAAGACGAAGACAAGAAUGACUAAUAUUGGGAAUAUCCUAAACCAUUGCGAUGGCACGUCCUCUGGACAGAGCACAGCUGGCAGUGGCACCACGAUGGACAAGGAAUACCUCAGCUCUGCUGUGCCCGGCCGGGGCAGGACGGGCUCCUGCGACACUCCUGCUUCCAGCAGCCUCUGGGGCAGGGCUGCCUGCCAUCCCACUGGUUCCGAGGGACGCCCGGCCCUGGCUCCUAAUGCAGCGCCCCGGAGGGGAUGUUUCAUAGCGGUGGGAGCCGCCUUUCCCGGAGGCUUUCCCUGGAAGGUAGGGUUUGUACGAGUUAGGAAGCUUUGCCUCUCGACUGCAUUACCACGCCACAGGCUCGGACUGGUUUUGUGUAAAAGAUGUCACAGAACGGCACUUUUUCUAAAGAGAAGUUUGCUAUUUUGUAUGCUUGAUAAGAAAGUACAGUAUUGGAAAUUAAAGGUGGACAGCUGAUAAUUGAGAAGUAUGUCAAUUAAUUUUUUAUGUAUAUUACCUGUUUACUUGUACAAUUUUAUUGUACAAAUUACAUGCAGCUUCAUUUUCAAAUGAGUCCUUAAAAUAAGGAAAAUCUUUUUAGCAAAACAUUUAAUUUUUGUAUUUUUGAUUUUAAAAGGCAUGAGUUAUGUCAACUUUUUCCAGUGUAUUAAUGAAGAUUUUAACUUUUCAUCAGGUUGAGUGUUUUCUUACUAUAUUAUCUGUUGUGUAUGUAGCUAGCACAUGGUGUCACUGAACUGUUAAAACUUAGCAUGUAGAGCAAGCCUGUUUUGUGGAAAAUCCUUAUUCAUUAAAAACAAAAUCAUCAUGGCAGAUUUUCUGCAAAAAAACUGAAAACAUUUGCAAUUCAGAAUACUGAUUUUUUUUGUAUUUAAAGAAAGGUAUUUUGCUUGCAGGAAAGAAAUACUACAGAUUCAUUUUAAUGAGAAUCUUUUAAAUGUAUUUAUCUUUAGGGCAUCUGGGCAUCUUUACGCUGUUUGUCUUAUGUCUUUAUUGAAAUAAAAUGUACAGAACAUUA